AGCAGCUGAUCAGUCCAUAUUUUACAUCGACACCGACUUCAUCCGAAGGAAUAGGAUCGUCGACUGCUUGCAUAGAUCUGAAAAUUCAAAAUAUUUUUUUUUUUCUCGCGUCGGCGGGCCCUUGACACAUUGUUCCUCGUCCACUCCUCAAACAACGUUCUUUCUCAACAUCAGAACAAAACAUAUUCUCCUCCAUAUACUGGAAAGGUUUUUUUCUUAGUUCCAUGGCUCUCGACUCAGCUGAGGACAUUGAUUCGGUGCCAAAUCUACAGUUGUAAAAGACUUUGCUCGCUCUUUUUUUUUCUGGCUUUUCUCCCUCUCUUUGUGUAGCAGGUGUUCACAAGCUUUUCUACGUCCGAAAGAUGCCCUCCGAGGGACUGAGGGUGCUGUUGACCUCAAUUGCCUUCGGCCUCACUUGUGACGUAUCCAAGUCAGCAGUAUUCAGCAAUGACCUGUUUGGUUGGUCAGCCCAACAAGCAGCUUUGUACAACCCACGCAGAAGUAGGGAACAUUUGGUGGAACUUGGUGACAAUAAGCCAGGACUCAAGAGAGCCAUCGUACCAGAAGUGGUCUCUCUCAAUGUUGAGGAAUUCUCGGGUUCAAAGGGACUCAAUGACAUUCAGAAAAGCUCCAAAAAUAAAAGGAAGCAUCAGCAUGCCUACCACAAGUCAAACUUGCGGAAACACUCAGCAAGAGGGACUAACAGCAAAGGCUCUGGGGUUCCUGAUUAUGCAAAGCAAUGCAGGUUGCAGUGACAUGCGGUCAGUGAUGACACAGAAACUUCAAAGUCAUCUUCAUGCUCCAACAACCAACGUAGCUCGGAUUCAAUGAGACCAAACAACAGCGGCGGACAACAAGAACUUCAAACUGCCCCAGAGUCGUCUGCACUAACGUCCGUCAGCCCCAUUAACAAGAGAGAUACGGAUCAAGCCAAAUCAAUGAUGGUGGACACUGUAAUGACGACAAUGUCAACACCAAUGGUCAAUGUAUCAACUGCGUCAAGCACCGUCAUUUCUGCAACGCUGACACCAAAAGAAUCUAACAGCUCCAGACAAAAGCGUAAUAUUCUCCAAGAUAUGAAUGAUGGCGGUGAGACAGCGCAGUUUUGGUGA